AUGUCAUUCUUCGGUUUGGGCACUGGGCCCCGUGGCCAUAACACGGCUGCUCCGGGCUUCUCACAAGCCCACGACCCUUUCGCCGGUCUUUCAGGACGCGGUAACGAGGACGAUGCUCUCGACUUUGAGGACACAUACGAUGGGCUUGGCGAUCAACUCGAUGAAACCGAUGAUGUCUUCAACGAUGAUACUUUUGGUGGCGAUUCUGCUGUCGCUGGAAAUGUUGGAAAGGACUUUGACUUUUUUGGACAAACUGCCAAAGUUGCUGAUGCCAUUGAGGAGGAACAUCUUCGGUUCAAUCGUCAGCAGCCUGCUCCCAGAGCAACGGCCGCCCAGCCGCAGUCACAGGCCAUCCCUUCGCAGACUACAUCGAACUAUUCAACCCAGUCAACGCAAAGACCUGCCCGAACUGGAUAUGAAAAGUAUAGGGAGCCGGAACCACUCCCAGAUUUGCACGUUGAUCAGAGUAUUUGGGGAAUUGCGCCAGCCAAGACGACGGCACACACUUCGCAGGGCGCUACCCAACAAAUGUCCACAUCAGCCAGCCGAAAAAUUAUGAGUCUCGAAGAAGUCGAGGCUUCUAUGAGAGCCCAAGCCCCGAAACAAGCACAGUCCCAGGUUCCUCUGUCUGACCCUGCUAUCUAUCAGCAAGGGCCGGCCACGGAAUAUAUUGCCGGUCAACAUGUUACGCAACACCAGCAACAGGGCCAUCCUGGCCACGGUCCCCCGGUCACGAUAUUGCAGCGUCCUCAGAGCAUGCAGGCCAGGCCAACAGAGCAGAUGCCUACACCACCACCACAACAGUCCCGCCAGCAAGCGCCUCUUGUUCAGCCCACCCAGAUCCUACAGAAUCCUAACCGUCUCUCUGGAGAGUCUGCACCUAUGAGUGCGCCUGGUCAUUACGGCCAUCGUUCCCAAGGCUCCAUUCCUGGCUUGGCGCAACUGCAGGCUCAUCCUCAGAUGUUGCAAAUGUCUGAGGACGAAAAGGCCGCCUUUUUAGACCAGGAAACUAAACGUGCCAAACGAAACCACAAAAUCUGGCUUUUGUCUAAAGACAACGGACUAAUGACACCCCAGGAUAAGAAUUUCAUCACCCGAAUUCAGUUGCAACAACUUGUCUCUGCCACUGGGAAUCCUGUUGAAGGUUCCGACUCUUCCAUUUCUGAAGACUUUUACUACCAAGUCUACAGUCACAUCCGUGCCGGCCAACGACAAAAUCCGAGUCAACCCCUGAGCAACUUUGCACAGACUUAUCUAUUCCAAACGGGAAGUCGCCAUGGUGGAAUGCGCCGACAUGGCAGACCUGCUGAGAAUCACAUUCAGCGAAUGGAACAACAGGUUCAAAGAGCCGUCGAAGCUGCAAAAAACAAACCGAAGAACCCCCAGCUCGUCAUUGCUGGUAGUUUAGGCAAGAUUUCUUUCAGCAAUGCGAAGACACCGAAGCCGUUGCUCAACAUCAAGCGCGCUGAGACUGAGACUCCUCGUCCAAGCAACGGAAAAAGGUCUCCUCACCAAGAGGCCGUGCUUGAUCGGAAGCGAAUUCUACGCAAUGUCGAGAAGGUUUACGACAUCUUGAUGAAGAUCGAAGACCACAUACGCCUUAUUCCUCCGCCAAUGGGCAACCAACCUGACAUAGAACUCCAAGAACAGCAUCGGCAAUGGGCCGUGACAUUGGACGCUUACAAUGCAAAGCUGUGGACAGAGUUAAAGGUGCACGAGCCGAUUGGCGCUACGGUUCCUCAUCCAUUCAUCGCUUUCUUGUCGUGCGCCAAGGGAAAGAAGGCGAUUCCUCGCAUCUUCCCCCACCUCACUUUUGAGCAGCGAACGACGAUAUUGACGAUGAUCAUUUAUCACCUUGAUCAGCUUGAUGUUGUCCAAGGCGCGGCUGUCACAAGUGGCGAAACCAAUCUCAACUCCCGUAUGCGCGAGAACAUUGAACUCUUCAUCUCAACUGUCAUGCCUUCUUUGAUGCAAUACUUUAAUGAAACCGGCUUGGAUAUCGUUGAUGGUGUUCUGAACCUGAUUGCUACAAAGCUAAAUGUCGAUCUCAUUGCCAGAACGAGAAUUGGUGUUUCGAUGCUCACUUUAAUUCUCAGCCGUGCUGUGCUUUUGAAACAGACUGGUGCUGGCAAUCCGGAGCAGUGGGAGAAAUGGGACCAAACAUUUGAAAUUUUGUUUAGUAAACUAGAGCCUUCGCUACCAUAUAUUUUUCCUGGCAGCGUUAAUACCGGAAUCGACGUUUAUGUCUGGCAAUUGCUUGCGGCCAUGGGGGUUAGUGCCACCCAUGAUCAGCAGACUCGACUCGUACUUGCAGUCAAGGACCGUGUCUUGGACACUGUUUCCAUGUCAAAGACUUUACCGCCUACCAUGGCCGCGGAGCGACUUGGCAGUGUGAAUCUCUUCAUGCGAUCCAUUGGCUUGGAUGUAGAGUUAUUGCAGUAA